GAGACCUCCCAGUCUCCGGGCCGGGAGGUGAUGACCUACGCCCAAGCCCAGCGCAUGGUGGAGGUGGACCUGCACGGCCGCGUCCAUCGCAUCAGCAUCUUCGAUAACCUGGACGUGGUGUCCGAGGAUGAGGAGGUGCCCGAGGAGGUACCCGAGAACGGGAGCAAUAAGGAGAACACGGAGACCCCGAGCGUCCCGCCCAAAUCCGGCAAGCACAAGAACAAGGAGAAGCGUAAGGACUCCAACCACCAUCACCACAACGCCUCGGCUGGCACCAAGCCGGUGUACCGGGAGCUGGAGCAGGACACCCCCGACGCCCCGCCGCGCCCCACCUCCUACUACAGGUACAUUGAGAAGUCAGCAGAGGAGCUGGAUGAGGAGGUGGAGUACGACAUGGAUGAGGAAGAUUACAUCUGGCUAGACAUCAUGAACGAGCGGCGGAAGACCGAAGGCGUGAGUCCCAUUCCCCAGGAGAUCUUUGAGUACCUGAUGGACAGGCUGGAGAAGGAGUCCUACUUUGAGAGCCACAACAAGGGGGAUCCGAACGCCUUGGUGGAUGAGGACGCCGUCUGCUGCAUCUGCAACGACGGGGAGUGUCAGAACAGCAACGUCAUCCUCUUCUGCGACAUGUGCAACCUGGCUGUGCACCAGGAGUGCUACGGGGUGCCCUACAUCCCGGAGGGACAGUGGCUCUGCAGACGGUGCCUGCAGUCACCCUCACGGGCCGUGGACUGUGCCCUCUGCCCAAACAAGGGGGGGGCCUUCAAGCAGACUGACGACGGGCGCUGGGCACACGUGGCGCGUGCCCUGUGGAUCCCGAAGCUGACCUGUUACAUCUGCAAGCAGCGUGGCUCUGGGGCUUGCAUCCAGUGUCACAAAGCCAACUGCUACACUGCCUUCCACGUCACCUGCGCCCAGCAGGCCGGGCUCUACAUGAAGAUGGAGCCUGUGCGGGAGACGGGGGCCAACGGCACCUCCUUCAGCGUGCGCAAAACCGCCUACUGCGACAUCCACACACCACCGGGCUCCGUGCGCAGGCUUCCCGCCCUGUCCCACAGCGAGGGCGAGGAGGAGGACGAGGAGGAGGAGGAGGAGGGCAAGGGCUGGAGCUCUGAGAAAGUCAAAAAGGCAAAGGCCAAGUCGAGGAUCAAGAUGAAGAAAGCGAGGAAGAUCCUGGCGGAGAAACGAGCCGCGGCGCCCGUGGUGUCUGUGCCCUGCAUCCCCCCGCACAGGCUCAGCAAGAUUACGAACCGUUUAACCAUCCAGAGGAAGAGCCAGUUCAUGCAGAGGCUCCACAGCUACUGGACACUGAAGAGACAGUCCCGCAACGGCGUCCCCCUGCUGCGCCGCCUCCAGACACACUUGCAGUCACAGAGGAACUGUGACCAGAGAGACACUGAGGAUAAGAACUGGGCCCUGAAGGAGCAGCUGAAGUCAUGGCAGCGCCUCCGCCAUGACCUAGAGCGCGCACGCUUGCUGGUGGAGCUGAUCCGCAAGCGGGAGAAGCUCAAGAGAGAGACGAUCAAGGUGCAGCAGGUAGCACUGGAGAUGCAGCUGACCCCCUUCCUCAUCCUGCUCCGCAAGACGCUUGAGCAGCUGCAGGAGAAAGACACAGGCAACAUCUUCAGCGAGCCGGUCCCUCUGUCUGAGGUCCCGGACUACCUGGAUCACAUCAAGAAGCCGAUGGAUUUUCAGACAAUGAAACAAAACCUGGAAGCCUAUCGCUACCUGAACUUCGACGACUUCGAGGAGGAUUUCAACCUGAUUAUCAACAACUGUUUGAAAUACAAUGCCAAAGACACCAUCUUCUACCGGGCAGCCAUCCGCCUGCGGGAGCAGGGAGGUGCCGUGCUGCGGCAGGGCGCCCGGGCGCGCCGGCAGGCCGAGAAGAUGGGCAUUGACUUCGAGACAGGCAUGCACUUCCCUCACUGCGUGACAGUGGAAGAGGCUCAGGUCCAGGACAUCGAGGAUGAAGAUGUGCGGCUGCUGCUCUCGGAGAACCAGAAGCACCUGCCUUUGGAGGAGCAGCUGAAGAUCCUGCUGGAGCGGCUGGAUGAGGUCAAUGCUGGCAAGCAGAGCAUCGGCCGGUCCCGCCGCGCCAAGAUGAUCAAGAAGGAGAUCACGGUCCUGCGGAGGAAGCUCGCCCACCCGCGGGACCUGGGCCGGGACGGGCUGGAGCGACACAGCUCCUCGGCCAGGGGGGGCCUGCAGUCACACAACCCCUGCGAGAAGGACCUGCAGACAGACAGUGCUGCCGAGGAGAGCAGCAGCCAGGAGACGGGCAAAGGUCUGGGUCCCAAUUCUUCUUCCACUCCAGCACAUGAAGUUGGCAGGAGGACCUCAGUGCUCUUCUCCAAGAAGAACCCUAAAACUGCAGGUCCCCCAAAACGCCCAGGCCGCCCCCCGAAGAACCGAGACAGCCAGAUCACUCCUGGGCACGGGAACAGCCCCAUCGGGCCCCCCCAGCUCCAGCUGCAGAAGAAGCGAGGGCGAAGCCCACGGCCCAGCUCCAGCUCGGACAGUGACAGCGACAAGUCCACUGAGGAUGCUCCCAUGGAUCUGCCAGCCAACGGUUUCAGCAGCGGGAACCAGCCGGUGAAGAAGAGCUUCCUGGUCUACCGCAACGACUGCAACCUGCCCCGGAGCAGCUCCGACUCCGAGUCCAGCAGCAGCAGCAGCAGCAGCGCUGCCUCGGACCGCACCAGCACAACACCCUCCAAGCAGGGCCGAGGGAAACCCUCCUUCUCCCGAGUGAACUUCCCAGAGGACAGCAGCGAGGACACGUCGGGGACGGAGAACGAGUCCUACUCCGUGGGCACGGGGCGAAGCGUGGGGCAUGGCA